CUCAGUCCCUCAAUCUCACCAUCUACUUCGAAGAUGCCAGUCAAACAAGUUUCUGGGCGAGUCACUUUGACUCAUACAAAGGGUUCCUCUGUGGAACUACUUCUGUACGGUGCGACAGUCAUUUCAUGGAAGGCUGGAACCAUCACCCAACCUCAGCCAAUUGAGCGGCUAUUCGUUUCAUCCAAAUCCGCUAUCGAUGGCUCAAAGCCUGUGCGGGGAGGUAUCCCAGUUAUAUUUCCUUGCUUUGGACCUCCCAGCCACCCAGAGCACAUGAAACUUGCCCAGCAUGGUUUUGCCAGAAAUGAAGUGUGGAAAUUCGAUAGCAUUAUGAUGGACAAUGACGAGGGGGUAUCUGUGAGACUCACGCUUGAGCCAACUGCGGGUAUCACAGCAAAAUACGACAAACCAUUCCAUCUGGCUUACAUCGUUACCCUGGCUCAGCAUCAGAUUAGUACUGAUCUGCACGUCACGAAUACGUCGACCUCCACGGCUUACCCACCAGACAACCUCGAAUUCCAGGCUUUGUUCCACAACUAUAUUAAGGCCCCUGCAGAUGACGUCCUUGUUUUCCCAUUGCAAAGUAAAAGUUAUUUUGACAAAACAGACGCAUCUGAAGAAGCCAGAAACAAACCGAAAGUCGAGACUAGAGCAGGAGUUGACGUUCGUCAGUUCACUGACUCUGUGUACGAAGAUGCAGGGGGGAAAUAUGAAGUCACGUGGCCAGGAGGUGGUGUAGAGAUUACGGUUCAGGAGCUAAAGGACGUUGUUGUCUGGAACCCUCAGCAGGUUGCAGGUGUGAAAAUGGCAGACAUGGAAGAUGGGGGAUGGGAAAGGUAUGUUUGUGUCGAGCCGGGUUAUGUGAGGGGAUUUGCAAAGAUAGAGCCAGGCAAGACGUGGAUUGGGCAGCAAGUUAUAUCUGUCAUUCACCAUGAAAGGAGGAUCAAUCAGUUGUGAUUAGUCGUUAUGAAUCGCACACUUAUUCAAUACCAUUAGACCAGUGAAAGAGAGAGAUUAUUAGUAGAUGUUGUAGUUCGAGUAACAUUAGCUUGUGUGCAGCUCAAGUGCAGCUGCAGGAACUUGAACAUUGCUUGAACAUGUGA